AGCUAGUGUCUGCACUCUGUAGCAUCACCACAGGCGCGCUGCGCGCAUAGUCUAUUACCCCCCCAUGCAACUGUAUCACUGCCGCAUUAACAUGGGGAACAUAUCCACUGAAUAGGAGAUUGGCAUAAACAAUAUUGCAUAAGGACUCCUUUUUCAUCCUUUCGUAUGAAAAACCUUUUUUAUUCUUCAAACAUGCCAAACGAAUCGGCGCAACUGAUAGACUGCGAUGUGGGACACAAUGCAAAUCAACUUGCGGCAGUCUAUUCUCUCAUGUGCUUGUCUGGGACAAUUUUAAACCUUUUGGUUGUCUACCUGGUCAAGACAUUUAAGAAACUUCGAACGGCUAGUAAUGCGUUCAUUGUGAACGGCUGAAUAACCGAACUGUUGGUGUGCGCGAUUUGGAUGCCGCACGAGGCAGUGGAGAUUUCUUCUGGUAGUCCUUUUCCGGCUGGGUACCAAGCCUUCAAAGAUGCGGUCCUAUUCCUCGGCAUCACUUCUAUUUUCUCCCAUUCCCUCAUAGCGGUCAAUCGAUACGUGUUGAUUACCAAAUCACCAGCGACGUAUCUGUCCAUCUACCAAAAAAGCACAUAAUGGAUGCUAAUUGCGUCUUGGCAUUCGGCGCUGGGAUUUCUUCUACCCUGGAUCACGUCUUCGCGGUACCCACAGGAAGGAUGCUCAUAUCUCUCUGCUUCCGCAGCAUCAUUGCUCAAAGGAGGGAAGCCCAUUCUCUCUGACCCAUUUGAAGCUGGUACCCUGGUGUUGACUAUUAUUGGUCAGACAAUGGUUGUUUUGAAUUGUUAUUUCAAAAUAUUUCGAAGGGUGCAGAUGAGUGUGAAGAGGGUCAACAUAUUACAUUUUCCUAUCGUGAAUAACCUUCCCUAUUCGCUCCCCAGAAAGGAUAAACGUUGGGGGUUCUACGUGUUGGCAGUGUGUUUCAUAAUCAUCCUCACUACAGAGCCCCAUUUCCGGGUGUUAUUAACAGCACGUUUUUUUUUUUACCACGGUUCCAUUGGCACUUGGGACAUGCGAUGGAUUAUUUUCUGCACUAUCUUUGUUACAAACCAAUUUCUCUACACGUGGAAGAACGAGGAGUUUAGAAAAUAUUUCAGAUCCGUGCUCAAGGGAGAAUUUUGGAGAGGGUCUGCAGUUGGAGUUGAGCCCAUUACCAUGAAUACAAUAUCUCAGCUUCUCCCAAGACAAAAUAGUCACAUUUUUGGCCGAGAUGAAUUGAACAUAAUCUGAACUGCUAUGACAUUGGUUAUUGUAAGGAUACAGCUGCUACAGUGUUUUAGAAAGCCUACCUGACAACGCAAUAAAAAAAUUACACUAUAAUGUUACUCUCAAUUGGAAAAUGUUAGUAAUGCUGUUACAGCGUUAUUCUGUAGGUCCAUUAUGGAAUACACUGUCAACUGGAAGCACACUCAACAAAUUAGUAAAAUAUUUGUAAAAACAUUGUGUAUAACACUAGUUUGUCUAGUUUCAUGUAUUUUUCAAUAUACUGUUUUAUGGACCAUGGUUGUAAUAGUGUUAUAUGCUAAUUGUAAAUCAGUUUGUGUUCAUUUUAAUAAAGCAACAUUUUUAA